AUGAAAGCUCGUGAAAAAUGGGGUUUAGUGAUACUAAAUAAAUGGUGGGAAAAAUCGUGUGACCAAUGUUUUGCUGAUUAUUCAAAUGCUGGUCCUAAACUCAAGUUAACGACAGCUGCUCAGGACAUUAUUCGUGAAGCAAGUGGUCGCCAACGGAAGAGCGGUUCUGUCGUGGCGAAAGAGAUUGCACAGAAACCGUUAAAAUCUGAAACUCAUAUAUCAGAUCGAUUGAAAGAUUGGACUGGAGAAGAUUUUCUUCAUCUGGCGCCGUCGGAUGAAUUUUAUGUUUGGACAGUUCGCAAACCAAAUUAUCAAAACGAUAGAAUUUGGGUAAAAGGUGUUGAGGAUAUUGGAGACGAUGAAAGGUAUGGCGAAAUGGUUAAAAACCAAGCGUGUAUCGGCAUUUUUAUCAUUUUCACCGCGAAAAAAAUGUAUUGGGCGAUCAAAGAUAAAGGUGAAUCUUGGACCGGUCAAUAUUUUCGUGACAUUAUUUUAAUGCGACACGUAUUUCCGUUCCUCACCGACGAAGAAAACAUAAUUGGUCUGAAUAAUGUGAUAUUUGUUCACGAUAAAGCACCAUGUAUGCGAGCAAACAUGACUCAACAUCGAGUUUUGGGCCAACGAUAUCUGGCCUGGUAA